AUCGGCACAUAGUCGCGGCAAACUCCGAGUGGCAACUGAUGGUGGAUCAAACAGGGAACUCUAUCUGCAAGUAUCUUCACGGAAGGACCGUGAAAGAUCACGCCGGCGACAGCGAUUCCGCAGUUCACUUGGAUUAGUUCACUACGAAGAUUUUUUCCGAGUAGCACGAACGGAGACUCUCUUGCAGUUCACCAUGUCUCUCACCGGGCCAAAUCACGCAGCUUACACAUGGGUAGCGCAAGGAGGCGGAUUUGGUAAUCAAACGGUGGUCGACAAAGUGUCGUCAGAUAUGCUCCACUUGAUUGAUCCCCAUUGGUACCAAUUCCCGCCGAUGAACACUUUGUGGCACGCGAUCAUCGGCUUAGUCAUCGGUGUCCUCGGCGUAAUAUCCGUCAUCGGUAACGGUAUGGUGAUAUAUAUAUUCACCACCACUAAGAGUCUCCGCACCCCCAGCAACCUGCUCGUCAUCAAUCUCGCCCUUUCCGACUUUCUCAUGAUGCUGUGUAUGUCUCCGGCUAUGGUGAUCAACUGUUACUACGAGACUUGGGUGCUAGGGCCAUUUGUGUGUGAAUUGUAUGGCAUGACGGGUUCUCUGUUCGGAAGUAUCUCCAUAUGGACAAUGACGAUGAUUGCAUUCGACAGGUACAAUGUGAUUGUCAAAGGCUUGUCCGCUAAGCCAAUGACCAUUAACGGCGCUCUCCUUCGCAUACUCGCUAUUUGGGCUUUUUCAUUAUUUUGGACAAUCGCUCCGAUGUUCGGAUGGAACCGCUACGUGCCUGAGGGCAACAUGACUGCUUGUGGUACCGAUUAUUUGAACAAGGACAUGCUCUCCAGAUCGUACAUCCUUGUCUACAGCAUUUUCGUCUAUUUUGCGCCGUUGUUCCUCAUCAUCUAUAGCUACUUCUACAUCAUUCAGGCUGUCGCCGCUCAUGAGAAGAAUAUGCGUGAGCAAGCGAAAAAGAUGAACGUCGCUUCCCUACGAUCGGCCGAGAAUCAAAACACCAGUGCUGAAUGCAAGCUGGCGAAGGUAGCUCUCAUGACCAUUUCACUGUGGUUUAUGGCGUGGACUCCAUACCUGGUUAUUAAUUAUGCGGGUAUCUUCGAGACAACAAAAAUCAGCCCGCUUUUUACGAUCUGGGGUUCUCUCUUUGCUAAAGCCAACGCCGUAUAUAAUCCCAUUGUGUAUGGCAUAAGUCACCCCAAGUACCGAGCUGCUCUCUUCCAAAGGUUCCCAUCUCUGGCGUGUUCCACCGGCGAAUCGGCGUCUGGCGCGGAUACGAUGUCCACGACUACUACGGUUACAGAAGGCGAGAAACCUGUCGCAUAAAAUAACAAUGUUGUAUACACAUAAUUUUUUUUUACAACAGUAAAUUUACUACAGUAAAUUCACUAAGUGAAACAGCGUGAAACAUUAAUUACAUUCUUGUUAUAAAAAAAUGAAGCACGCAGAUAGGAAAGCAUGCAGAAAAAUUUUAGUAUUAUUUUAAUUGUAAAUGUAACAUAUAAUUUAUUAUGUCAUAAUUGUAAAUCUAAUCUUUAAAAUUAUUAAUUCUACUUUUAAUUUAUGUAACAUAUAGUAACUCAAACAGCUGCACUGUUUAAAAUCAGGACAUUAUGUUGUCUGAGAAUCUUUAAAAAAUUGAUGUUAGAAAUAAAUGUUUGUAUAAAUAUUA